GAUCCGCUCCGAUCCAUGAAAAAGUGAGAUCGAUUUAUAUGCGAUGUUCUUGCCGUUCUCACUCUUUUACUAAACGUAAAGUUUUCGAUAGCUGGUAGUUCUGCCUCACCGCUGUUGUGUUGUUUUCUUGCCAAUACGUCGGGCAGAAUGUCGAAAUCAGAGAAGGCCGCUCUUGGUGGCGAUGAGCCCCAGAUCCACAGGAUCCGCAUCACUCUUUCAAGCCGUAAUGUGCGCAGCUUGGAGAAAGUGUGCGGUGAUCUGAUCCGUGGUGCUAAGGAGAAGCAGCUGCGCGUCAAGGGACCAGUGCGCAUGCCCACCAAGAACCUGAAGAUCACCACCCGCAAGACACCCAACGGUGAGGGUAGUAAGACCUGGGAUCGCUAUGAGAUGCGCAUCCACAAGCGCCUCAUCGACCUGCACUCGCCGUCUGAGAUCGUCAAGCAGAUCACUUCCAUCUCUAUUGAGCCCGGUGUCGAGGUCGAGGUUACCAUCGCUGACCAGUAGAUGCCAAUAAACCAGCUUUAGAAAAACUGAA